AUGCCUUCGGAAAAGUGCUUGGAAUUAGGAAGCAAGAGGCUAUCCGAACAUGGCGCUGAGCAAGGGGAACCGAGUGCAGAUGCGCUCAAUGCAUCUAAUAAGCUAUCCGAACAAAGUCGUGGAUCUAGGAAGCGCGUGAAAAGGGAACCGACACCAAACCCCGUCCGUACACCUGAUUCAUGUUUCAUCAAGCUUCAUGAAGCGAAAUUGGAGCGCAAAGUAUCCCCACCAAACGAGGAAGCUUACGAUGAUGAAGACGCUGCAAUCUUGCAAAAGUUGGGACGCUUGUCCUUAGAAAUGGAUGAAACAAAUGCGUCAUUCAAGGACUCUUUGGGUAGUGUGCAAGCUACCCAUGAGCAUACCCAGCCCUCACGUUCAGAAUCUCGGGGUCUCAGCGCCAAUGGAAGCUGCCCUAGAUCAAGAAGAACUAAGGUGACAAUACGUACCUACAUCGCACGUAUCCGUAAAUCCGGGUCCUCAAUAGAAGACUUGAUCGUGCAAGCGAGAAAGACGAGUUACGACGUCAUCGACCUGGCUGAGAUGAGACGACACCGCCCAUUCAACGCCGUCUAUAACACCGAAGAAGAAUUGCUCCAUGGAAUAUGCAACAGUAGAGUAUUCGGCGGCGUCAGCAUUCUCGUCAACACGAGUUUCUCCAUGAAUAUCGAUUCAUUAGAACGGCCUACAACCCCAAUCGGACGCUUACGAUUAAAAAGAUGUAGAUCAAUACCGGCUUUGACAAUCUUCGUCGUUUACGCGCCGUCAUCAAACUAUGACGAAGAAGUCAAAGCGUUCUAUAUGGACUUGGAGAAGUUCAACAGAGAGGACCACAAAUUCUUCAAGGUCACCAUUGGAGAUGUCAACGCCAAUAUUGGACUAAGGAAAAUGUCUGAAGAACGUCACAUUGGGACGCACGGAUUGGAAUUGAACGAACAGGGUGAGCUGCUUCCUGAGUUUAUCAUGGCGACCAAGAACAUCCAUGGUAACUUGCAAUUCCAGAAAGAAGGUUUUACCUAA